AUGGCAACAGCUGGUCCUUCGAAACUCCCACAUAACUAUUCUCCUGAUAAAUUUGUAUCAUCAGCUGCAAGUAAUAUAUCAUUUGAUGAAAGUGAUGGUUCUAUUCUUAUGCAUGAUAACAAUAUGAAUAGAGAUCCAUAUAUUAAUACACCCUCGCCCUCAUCCAGUACGUCGGUAAGCACAACUGAUCGGUCAUUUAAAUGGUGUUCAUCAAAAUUAAAAAAUGGUUUUCGUCUACCAAAACGUCGUUAUCGAUAUGACAAAUUAUUUCAUCUUACACAUUCACUUAAUCGACAAUAUGUAAUAGCAAUGACAAAUGUACUUUUUCAAAUGCAAAAAGAAAUUUAUAAAUUAAAAAAACGAACAUAUUAUGUUGAACAUGCACUUGCUAAGCAAAAAGCAUCUGGUCGUCCAAUAAUACGUAUACGACGUUUAACAAAAGAUGAAAUUUCAACAAUAUGUGUUAAUGAUAAUGGAAAUCAACAAAAUGUUACAUCGAAAAUUUCUGAAGAAAAUGAAAAUAAUAUUGAAUCACAACGAACAAUAAUAAAAAAUAUCAAACCUCUAAAUGAAUAUAAAAUUGAUACGGAAAGUUCUAUAACAAUAGAAGAUAAACUUGAAAAUAAUGGUACAAAAAUUCAUCGACGAAAACAAUUAAAUCCUAAAAAUAAAUAUUGUUCAAGAUGUCAACAUGAAUUUGCACAUCGAUCAGCUUAUUUACGUCAUAUGAGAAGAGUACAUCAAGGAAAAUUUACAAUUAUAUCGAAUAAUAAUCAUACACCAGGAAUUGGUAAUUCUCAAAUUGAAACCAAUACUUUAAUAAGUGAUCACUCAAAUAUGUGUUCCGAAAUAGAUAAUGCAAUGGAACAAGAUCCAUUACCGAUGUUAGUUAAUCAAUGGGAUAUUGGAGAAGGUCGGUUACGUCCAAGACCAGCGUCUAAAUUACACCUUGAACCAUUGAGCAAAAUAAAAUGUAAUAUAUGUAACAAAUUCUAUCGUUCUGAAUACAUUAAGAAACAUCAAAGACGUACUCAUCAUGUAACAGAAAAAUCGUCUUCAGAUGAAUUAAACAAUAAUUUAAGUUCAAAUAAAUCUAUUAAUCAUGAAAAUAUAUAUGAAAUUCAACCAAUAGCUAGUGAAUCAUCUGCAAAUACAACAAAUCCACCAUCAACAUUAACAAUAACUGAAUUGGAUACUGAUGAAAUGCCAAUUCUAUUUCGUAGAGAUGCAAAUAAACCAAUUAUUUUUUCUGUAACAUGUCUUGAACGUGAUCAAUUAGAUAUUGUUAAUGAUUUUCUACGAAAAUUUUCACCUCGUGUUUCUCAAACAACAACAAUUAAUUCACAAACAACACAUUUAAUAACAAAUGAUGAUAAACAUGCAUUACAUUCACCAUUAUCAAUGAAAUUAAUUGAAGCUAUAGCUAAUCAUUGUUAUUGUGUUUCAUAUCGUUGGUUACUUGACUGUGUUAAAUAUGAUCGAAUUAUUGACGAAGGGCGAUAUGAAAUUGAAGGUGAUGAUACAGAUUAUCAUCCUCAAGGUGGUCCAAAACGUUCACGUACAAUUGAUAAACAUAAUUCACUUUUUGAGAAUAUAUGUUUUAUGAUAAAAUGUACUGAAAAUAAUGAAAUUCAAAUGACAAAUGAACGUUUACAAAGUUUAAUAACAAUAUGUGGUGGACGAAUAAUAACAUGUGUUACACAAAAUUUACUUGAUCAAUUUGAAAUUGUUGUUCUAUGUGAUAAAUUAUAUGUAUCAGAACGACGUCAUAAUUAUGAUCAAUGUCAUUCAUUGGGUAUACAUUUUGUUUCAUCUGAUUGGGUUCUUGAAUCCAUACUUGAAUAUCGUCUAAAAUUAUAUUCAUUAUAUGAAGAAACACCACUAUAA